AUGCUUGAGGCGAGAUCAGCAUACCAGGAGGGUAGCUAUUGGUACUACGCACCCAAUAAAGGCGCCCCGAUUGCUUUUGCUAUACUUUUUGCAGCCUCUGGCAUAACACACAUCUACCAAUGCUUUCGGUUCAGAAGCUGGAAGGUGACUGGCCUGCUACCUUGGAGCGCCCUCCUCUUUACAGCCGGGUUUAUCCUGCGUACUAUUGGCGCCUUUGGACAAUGGGAUAAUCUUCCUAUUUACAUUGCGAGCACCGUUCUUCUUCUUGCUGGACCACCCGUCUACGAAGGAGCCAACUUCUUCACCCUCGGACGAAUCCUGUACUAUAUCCCCUAUCACUCUCCCAUCCACCCGGGAAGGGUCUUCACGACCUUUGUCGCUAUGGGGGCAGUAAUCGAAUCGAUCACCGCAAACGGCGCAGCGUUGGUCGCCAACUCGAGCAACUCCCAGAGCAAGCAGAACACCGGCAAGGCACUUCUCAAAGCUGCCUUAAUUUUGCAGAUUGUACUGAUGGCAGGGUUUUUGGCAUUGGCGACGAAGUUCUACGUCAACUGCUCCCGGGCCGGGGUGCUGAAUUCCAAGGUGAAGCGGGCCAUUUCCGUGCUGUACUGCAGCUGCACUUUGAUCACCAUCCGAACGAUCUAUCGGACCGUUGAGUAUUUCUCUGCUGCGAGUCUCAACGUCAGCAAUAUCAAAGACAUGAGCCCUAUUCUCAAGGACGAGUGGUUCUUCUGGGUCUUUGAGGCAACAGUGAUGUUCACAAACACUACCAUGCUGAAUAUCUUCCAUCCGAUGCGCUGGCUUCCUCGGUCAAAUAAGAUCUACCUGGCACAGGACGGUGUCACUGAGGUUGAAGGCACCGGGUAUGAAGACCCAAGAUCAUUCCUAACCACCCUGUUUGACCCGUUCGACAUCUUUGGCCUUAUCUUCAGACGCGGACAGCACAAUAAAUACUGGGAAACUAGUCCUUCUACGGGAAAAGCACAACCCAACCCUUCUUCGGCUGUUUAG